UGGAACCAAAGCUUAGUCCGUCUGACUCAUUGCUGCCUGAGGACAAUCACGUAUAUUUGCAGCAAGCUUCUUCGAGGAACCUGGCUGGAUACUUAUUCGUUCAUCAACACGUCGACCAUCAUGGACUUCUCUCGACUGCAGAACUUGCAGUACGAACUCAACUCUACAAACGCCACGGCCGCAAAUCUGCCAUCAACACUCCUCGAGCUCGUGGUUCCGGGAUAUAGUACCAUCUCGCAAUUGGCAUUCCGACUGCUGGGUAUCGACAUUGGAGUUAUUGUGACCGGAUGGGCAUUGAUUUUUGGUUGCCAUGCGGCUUGGCGGUACCUCUAUGACCUGGUGCAAGGCUAUUUUGAUGAGUACUACACCUCUUCUAUUCAAGUCCACGACGAUGAUGGUCUUUUCGACGACGUAAAGGCCUGGCUUUCCGAACAACAAAACAGGAAAUCCAGUAGGAAGUUGAAGGCAGUUACAGACUACGACGACAACAAGAAGGAUGAUAAUGUACAGGACGAGCAGGGCAUCUACAAGUAUGAGGUUCCCAUGCCCCGGUAUGAGCUCAGCUAUGGCACCGACGACUUCUUCUUCCACAACGGCCGGCGCUUUAAAGUUGUUCGCUCCAGUGUGAAGGAUGAAGCCGGAUCGUACAUGCGAGAGACUUUGGAGAUCUACUGCUACGCUCGAACGGCAGAGCCGGUCAAGGAUGUUCUCACCCACAUCAGGCAGUGGAAAAUCAAUCGAGAAACCGCCAUGACAAGCGUCUACCGUGCGCUAAGCAACGGCAGUCGCUACUGGAGUAGACAAUCAUGCCGCCCAUCCCGUCCCCUGCAGACAGUGUCUCUUGAUCAACAGCAGAAGGACGACAUCGUGGAGGACAUUAAUGAGUACCUUCGCCCUGCCACAGCCAGGUGGUACGCAGCACGAGGUAUUCCGCACCGACGUGGGUACCUGUUCCACGGUCCUCCUGGCACCGGGAAGACGUCUCUCUCGUUUGCGCUCGCUGGAGUUUUCGGGCUGGAAGUGUACUGCGUCUCAUUGAACGAUAAAGACUUGACCGAGUCUGAUCUAUGUAUGCUCUUCAAUGAUCUCCCUGACCGUUGUAUUGUCCUCCUGGAGGAUAUCGACAGCGCUGGACUCAAGCGCGAGGAGGAGCCCGUCCUGGUAGAGAUGCCAGAAGGCGGCAACGCGGACCCGGGGUCCAGCAAGGAUGCUAAAACGGCCACAAACAAGACAGACAGCUCUACCGGGUCUAUCAGUCUGAGCGCUCUGCUCAACGUGAUUGAUGGUGCAGCGUCCCAUGAGGGCCACGUUCUCAUCAUGACUACCAACACUCCAGGACAACUCGAUGCUGCAUUAAUCAGGCCAGGAAGAGUGGAUCUCCAGGUCGCUUUUACAUUUGCAACACAGGACCAGAUCCACGAGAUUUUUAAGCGCAUGUACAGCCAGACGCCAGAAGAACAAACAAGCGGCGGUCGCCUGUCAAACAGCAAGCCUCGACCCGUCUCCAAGAUCCCCGAUUCUAAGACACUGGAGGGGAUGGCGCGGAAAUUUGCACAGCAGUUUCCGGCGGAUACGUUCUCUCCCGCUGAGAUCCAAGGGUAUUUGUUAAUGAGGAAGAAGAACCCGCAAAAGGCGCUGAAUGAUCUGGAGAAGUGGAGAGAUGAGAUUCUGGUGUCGAAGAAGAAUGGGAAAAGAUUGGUCGGUGCACAGUAAGGAGCCGACACAAGCUGGAAUUAAAUUCGAUUAUGGGAACACACCUGAGUAUCAUAUGCAUACAGCAGCUUCCGUGAUGUGAGGUUCACGUCAGAGUCGAGGUA